CCUCUGGUUGAUUGAGUGCAUUGAAUGCACAUGGUUAUUUUGAGCACGUUUAUUGUUGUAAAAAUAUUGCAAGUUUUAAAAUAAAUUUAAAUUAUUAGUAAAUAUGAAGUUUCGCAAUAAGCAAAGUAAGCGCAUGCCGGCGCGGAAGAGAUACAAGAUUGAGAAAAAGGUUCGUGAACACAACCGCAAAAUGAGGAAAGAAGCUAAGAAGCAUUCUAAAAGAAAACCCAAGAUAGUGGAAAUACCAAAUCAGUGUCCAUUCAAAGAGGAUAUAUUGAAAGAAGUAGAAGCAAUGAAGAAGCAACGGGAGGAGGAAAAACAGAAGCGGAAAGAGGCGGCACGUGAAAGAAAACGCGAACUUGCCAAGGAUGAUCUCCAAGGGUUGGUUAAACAGGCUGAAAAUAAGCAGUUGACACAUAAAUUGAUAGAAAUAGGUUCUGUUCAAACAAAAAAUGUCAUUGCUAAAGAAGAAAAUUCACUUAAAGCAUAUUACAAGGAAUUCAAAAAGGUUCUAGAUGCAGCUGACGUUAUUCUUGAAGUUGUCGAUGCUCGUGAUCCAUUAGGAACACGAUGCAAAGAGGUAGAAGAAACAGUCCGAGCUGCAGGAAAUAAGAGACUGGUGUUGGUUCUGAACAAAGCUGAUUUGAUUCCCAGAGAUAAUUUAGAUCAAUGGCUAAAAUAUUUGAGAGCCAGUUUACCUGCCGUGGCAUUUAAGUCGUCCACACAAAACCAAGCAAAUCGAUUAGGUAGAAGAAAAUUAGGAAAGAAAAGAGAAUCCAUGAUACAGAGCAACACUUGCUUUGGAGCGGAAUUACUCCUGUCGUUACUCGGAAAUUAUUGUAGAAAUAGUAAUAAUGUAAAAACGAGCAUUAGAGUAGGUGUUGUUGGUUUGCCAAACGUAGGAAAAUCUAGCGUUAUUAAUUCUUUGAAACGCAAUAAAGCGUGCAACGUAGGAAAUAUUCCAGGCAUAACAAAAACGAUGCAAAUUGUUCAGUUAGAUUCUAAAAUAAAAUUGUUAGAUUCUCCUGGUAUAGUAUUUGCUAAUUCAGAUGAAAAUUCUGAUGAUACAUCUGUAGCUCUAAAAAAUGCAGUAAGAAUUCAAGCCUUAAAAGAUCCUUUUAAGCCAGCGACUGCGAUUUUGAAAAGAGUUUCGCGACAACAGAUAAUGGAGUUGUAUGAUAUGCAAGAUUUUUCAACGCCUGAUGAAUUUUUUGCUAUGAAAGCAGCACGAAUGGGAAAAUAUAAGAAAGGCGGAAUACCUAAUGCGACUGCUGCUGCGCGCGGUAUUAUUGAGGAUUGGAAUUCUGGAAAAAUCAGAUAUUAUACAGUUCCACCUGAACAAUCGGUAUGUCACAUAUCCGCCGAAAUAGUUAGUCAAGUAGCUAAAGAAUUUGAUAUUGAAAGUUUUGCUGCAGAAGAAAGAAUGAUGCUCGAUAAUUUCGCGACACAUUCUACGAAUAAUCCCACAGAUUCUGCCCUUAUCAACAGUACAGGGCCUGUCACGACGGCAAUGGAGAUCGAAAUCCAAAAGGAUGCGGAAUAUAAAGUGCAGAAGAAAUUAAAAAAGAAGUUGCAAGAUAUAAAGAAGGAUAAGUGUACUGAAAGGAAAAAGAAACCAGAUCCACUUUUCGAGAUUGAAGGCAAUCAAAAAUUAAAUAAACUCAAGAAACUUCUAUUCAAAAAGGAAAAAAAACAACAAUUGAGAAGAGAAAAAGCUACUGUCAAGUUAACGGAACAGCUUGAAGGAAUUAAAUUUACUUCUGAUAAUUAUGAUUUCAAUAUGGACUUUACAAAUGCAUAGGUAUUGUAAUAAAUAUAGUACGUAUCUAUGGUUAUCAAUAUUUUUUUAUUUCACGAAAGCAGAAAACAGUUAGGAAAUGAGAGCACAACUAGUUACGCGAUUGGUACAGAGCAGUCUAUCGCUGCAACCUCAAUUAAUUAACAGAACAUGACAAAUGCCAAUUCGGCAAGAACAGUAGAGAAAAAUGAAAAAUACAACCAAAAGUAUGAAAGCAAGCGAGGAGUUAGUUAGAAUUUACUGUUUAUGCGUUACUUUGUUCUAAAAUAAUAUAACUUCGCAAAAAUGAUGA